GAGGCGGCAUGCGGGAGGAGACAACCUUGGCGCAGGCGGCUCAUAGGGAGGCCCGGGGACCCGAGGAGGAGCAACAGGGUGGGGGAGACUUCUCCGGCGCCGUUGGAGGUGGCGGUGGCUGCUGCAGUAGUGAGCGCCUGGUGAUCAACAUCUCGGGGCUAAGAUUUGAGACACAAUUGCGCACACUAUCUCUGUUUCCUGACACACUUUUGGGAGACCCCGGUCGCCGAGUCCGCUUCUUUGACCCCUUGCGCAAUGAAUACUUCUUUGAUCGCAACCGGCCCAGCUUCGAUGCCAUCCUCUACUACUACCAGUCUGGAGGCCGGCUGCGGAGACCGGUCAAUGUGCCUCUGGAUAUCUUCCUGGAGGAGAUCCGCUUCUACCAGCUGGGUGAGGAGGCCCUAGAGGCUUUCCGGGAGGAUGAAGGCUGCCUUCCAGAGGGUGGUGAGCAUCAGAAGCCCUUGCCUUCUCAGCCCUUCAAACGUCAGGUUUGGCUCCUCUUUGAAUAUCCUGAGAGCUCAGGGCCAGCUAGGGGUAUCGCCAUUGUCUCCGUACUGGUCAUUCUCAUCUCUAUAGUCAUCUUUUGCCUGGAAACACUGCCUCAGUUCCGGCCAGACCCCCGAAGUAGAAGUGAUGGUGGUAGGGUAAAUUCAGGGGGCCCAGCCCCCAGAGGAAGCCAGGAAGAAGAUGAGGGAGACCAUUCAGUAUACAAACUAUUAAAUCCCAGUGUCAUUGUCCAAGGGGGAGUUGUGUCAGGAUCUGGAUCAUCAUCCCAACUGAUCCCGCGUGGGAAUCCUACAGAGUCUGCCUCUUUCUUCACGGAUCCCUUUUUUCUGGUAGAGACCCUCUGCAUAGUAUGGUUCACGUUUGAACUGCUGGUUCGUUUCUCCGCCUGCCCUAGUAAGCCGGCCUUCUUCCGCAACAUCAUGAACAUCAUAGAUUUAGUGGCCAUCUUCCCUUACUUUAUCACAUUGGGCACAGAGUUGGUACAACAGCAGGAACAGCAGCCUGGAGGAGGCAGCAGCCAAAAUGGGCAGCAGGCGAUGUCCCUGGCAAUCCUGAGAGUCAUACGUCUGGUUCGAGUAUUCCGCAUCUUCAAACUUUCCCGACACUCUAAAGGUCUCCAAAUCUUAGGCAAAACAUUGCAGGCCUCCAUGAGAGAACUUGGGCUCCUCAUCUUUUUUCUUUUCAUUGGAGUUAUCCUCUUCUCUAGUGCUGUCUACUUUGCUGAGGCAGAUGAUGAUGAUUCACUCUUUUCCAGCAUCCCUGAUGCUUUCUGGUGGGCAGUGGUUACUAUGACCACAGUUGGCUAUGGGGACAUGUAUCCCAUGACUGUAGGGGGCAAGAUUGUGGGAUCUCUUUGUGCCAUUGCAGGUGUCCUCACCAUUGCCCUACCUGUACCGGUAAUCGUCUCCAACUUCAACUAUUUUUAUCAUCGUGAAACAGAGCAAGAGGAACAAGGCCAAUAUACACAUGUCACAUGUGGGCAGCCUAUACCAGAUCUGAAAGGAGUGGGUGGGGCACUUGGCAAACCAGAUUUCUCUGAGGUUGUCCCAGAACGGAGACCCAGCUACCUUUCUACCCCACACAGGGUUUAUGCAGAAAAAAAGAUGCUAACAGAAGUUUGAUUAUUGAGAGGAAGAAGUUGGGGAUUGAAGGGAAGGGUGUAAUAAAGAACUGUAGUAGUUUUAGAUAGUCACUCCCUAUCUAGCACCAAGGUCUUCAUCAUUCCCUCUAACCAGAGUGACCAAAUGGCUGAACUGUGAAAUGCUAUUUCCUGGACCCCUGACUCCAGUGACCACAAGGAUGUCUCUUGAUAUUUAAGAUACAUGGUAUCCUUCCAUGGGUGUAUCUGAUCAUUCUUACUUUUCUAACAAUUACAUGGAAUAUCUUUUCUCCUUAUACUCCCCAAAGACUGAUUUCCCCUGCUUUGUCUGUAGUCUCAAAAGAAUUAGAACUCCUGGGACUACUUUGGGACUCCAAAUCUUAGUUUUCAUCUGCUGAAUUUCUAUCUAAAGGUGGAGGGUCAGGAACAAUUCACUUAAUCUAUUAUUUUUAUAUGGUGCCCUUUGUCAUCUAUCUACUCAGAAGACCCUGCUUUUAGCAUCAUGGAUCUAACAUAUCUAAUCAUCUCUUAAGUGUAGCAAGGAUGAAAAUUUUCAGGAUUUAACUUGACCAUUUAGAAGAUGUAUAUACAGGGCAAUCUAAAAACCAAUAGAAUGGUGUGUGUG